GCGACUCUUUUGAAUGGAAUCGGGCUGAUUCAUCGCUGGUUCGCGGAGCCAGAGCCCCGUGGAGUCUGAGUCGCCGCCGCCGCCGCCGCUGCUGCCGCCUCCGUCGUCUUCGCGUCACCGCUGGUGGGAGACGAGAGCCCAGACCGCGGCUUCCCGACCCCGCCGGCUUUCAGGAGAGAGAGAAAAAAAAUACUUGGGAAAAGUUAUACCUGCCAGUAUUAGCAAGAGCUUGAGUUGAGAAGAAAUUUGUCAGACUCAACGAAUUGAAGCUUAACACCUCAAGAGUUGUAGUUACUGACCAGAAAUAUGGACAGACUUCUUAGACUUGGAGGAGGUAUGCCUGGACUGGGCCAGGGGCCACCUACAGAUGCUCCUGCGGUGGACACAGCAGAACAGGUCUAUAUUUCUUCCCUUGCACUGUUAAAAAUGUUAAAGCAUGGUCGGGCUGGAGUUCCCAUGGAAGUUAUGGGUCUGAUGCUUGGAGAAUUUGUUGACGAUUACACCGUCAGAGUGAUUGAUGUGUUUGCUAUGCCACAGUCAGGAACAGGUGUCAGUGUGGAGGCAGUUGAUCCAGUAUUCCAAGCCAAAAUGUUAGAUAUGUUGAAGCAGACAGGAAGGCCUGAGAUGGUUGUUGGUUGGUAUCACAGUCACCCUGGCUUUGGUUGUUGGCUUUCUGGUGUGGAUAUCAACACUCAGCAGAGCUUUGAAGCCUUGUCGGAGAGAGCUGUGGCAGUGGUUGUGGACCCCAUUCAGAGUGUAAAAGGAAAGGUUGUUAUUGAUGCCUUCAGAUUGAUCAAUGCUAAUAUGAUGGUCUUAGGACAUGAACCAAGACAAACAACCUCAAAUCUGGGUCAUUUAAACAAGCCAUCUAUCCAGGCGUUAAUUCAUGGACUAAACAGACACUAUUAUUCCAUUACUAUUAACUACCGGAAAAAUGAACUGGAACAGAAGAUGUUGUUAAAUUUGCAUAAGAAGAGUUGGAUGGAAGGUUUGACACUUCAGGACUACAGUGAACACUGUAAACACAAUGAAUCAGUGGUAAAAGAGAUGUUGGAAUUAGCCAAGAAUUACAAUAAGGCUGUAGAAGAAGAAGAUAAGAUGACAGCAGAACAGCUGGCAAUAAAGAAUGUCGGCAAGCAGGACCCCAAACGUCAUUUGGAGGAACAUGUGGAUGUACUUAUGACUUCAAAUAUCGUCCAGUGUUUAGCAGCUAUGUUGGAUACUGUCGUAUUUAAAUAAAACAAUGCAAAAAGCUAUUGGUGAUACUUUCAGCGUAUAUUCCUCUAUUGUUCCUAAUGCUCAAAAUCAAGGGACCUCUGAAGGUGUGUUUGGUUAAAUGUAAGACAUCUGGCAUCAUUUGCAGUACUGUAACACCUUCAGUCUCGGUUGUGCAAUUACUUCUGUUUCUUUAGUCAGGGUCUUUGCAGAUUCCAAAGUUGUAUAAGAAUACAUCAAAGUGGACAAAUUUUGUUAAGAUCCCAUUUAAUAUUUGAAGAAAUCAGUAACACAAAUAUAUUUUGAUUGUUGCUUACAAAAUAAAAUACAUUUACAAUCUA